UGAUGCCAAACCGGUACUGUACCUGGCGGGCCGCCCGUUCCGGUAACGAUUGGCAUGUCUAUCAUCAUCGUGUUCAACGGCAUUUCACAAUUGCCAUCGUGCCAUUGGUCUUACAUGUCAGAAAAUCGAAUUUGUUGUUUAAGCGAAGGAUAUUUAUUCCAAGCGACUCUCGAUCCCUCCCCUUUUUGCCGCUCGCGCGCUGUGCCUGCGAGUUGAAUGUGUGCUGUGACUGCAGCUUAUACCAUGUAAUUGAAACACAGGGGGAUCUGGGCCUGUCUCUGAGUCUAGACGUCGAACCCCAUAAUCUGAUGACGAUGACGAUAAUUGAUCAUGACACAGGCCGAGCUUUCAAAAUAGGAGGCCUCAGAGAAGACACCGGCAAACGGCAUCUGAGCCGUGAAAUCGUUUGCCUAUGA